AAGAUAUCUUGAUGAAUGUGCCCCAUAAUCUUAAACGCACAUGAUUCUCUUAACCUACACAAUACUUUCAGCCUACCAUUGCAUUUCUUUAGGAUCAUGGGUGGAGUCCAUAAGAAAACCAAGAGUAAAAAGCCAACAAAGGCCACUGUAAAUAUAAUACCCAGAGAUGAAUGGGAAGCACAGCCAAUCAACGGGCAAGUGACCAAACUUAAACUACCUGUGGAGUACAUUAGGUACGGGAUAACAUGCACUAGCGGCUGCAGAUUGGAUUACAAAUGCAGAACAAUCUUACAAGAGUUCCAACAGAAAUACAUUGACAACAAUUACGCUGACCAGCCCUUCAACUUUUUGGUUGGAGGGGAUGGCAACGUUUACGAAGGAAGAGGAUGGCAUUUGGAAGCAGAUCGUUUAGACAAGAUCAAUAAAAAGAUGAAGGGAAAGGCGAUUGAUAUUGGGUACAUAGGAAAUUUCAAAUCACAUGAUGAACUUCCUGAUUACUUGCUUGAAACAGUGAAGUUACUGAUAGACUAUGCUUUAGAGGAAAAUUACAUUCAACCCUGUCCAAAAGUGCUCAACCUGAAUGACUUUACACCAAUCUUGGAAGGAGAUUAGUAACUUGCAAAGUAUUGAUGAAAGUCAAACUGUCAACUGUACAUGUAAUUGUCAAUAAAUUAUAGAUUAAACGCGUUUGUGAACUUUAAAAUGAUUUAACUAUGAAGAUGCUAGAAAUGUGAUUGUAUCAUUCGCUUCAGAUGAAGACUAUUAAACAGAUCGUAUUAACUUACUUGAAAUCAAUUAAGUUUAAGAACAGUGGUAAU